GUGCGGCCGUCCCGCACGGAGGCGAAGCUGAAGAGCCCGAGGGUGCUCCAGACGCGGCUCGCCAAGAUCUCGGAGGACUUCGGGGGCACGUUCAUAUCGUACGACGGCGAGACGUGGAUCUUCCGCGUGCCGCACUUCGGCGUGCUGGGCCGCGGAUAG